GCCGUUGUCGGACUACUCACUUCGUCAAAACCGUAGUCAACUCUAGAAUUAACCAACCAAUGUUACAAACCUCUUACUGCUGAGUGCUCGUCGAGUAGAAUAUUAUUAUUUUACAUUAAAACAGACGCUGCACAAAAUGGCUGCAAAUUAUUCAGACGAUAUCGGCCCUAUGGCCUACCCCAUGAAACUGGUGUCAUCGGAAAUGGUUGAGCACAUGAUGGGCUGGAACAUCCCGGAGGAGCACCAGGCGAUGGUUCACGCGCACUGGCGCAGCUUCCCCUCCGUCAGCAAGUACUACCAUUUCAUACUUGCCCUCAUCUACACAAUGCUUAUGGUCACGUCGCUUAUCGGGAACGGCAUCGUCAUUUGGAUAUUCAGCACAUCGAAGUCGUUGCGCAGUGCAAGCAACAUGUUCGUAAUCAACCUCGCGGUGUUCGACUUGAUGAUGAUGAUAGAGAUGCCACUGUUGAUCGUCAACUCAUUCUAUCAAUAUCCAGUCGGGUACCAGCUCGGUUGUGACGUGUACGCUAUCCUCGGCUCCAUAUCCGGCAUUGGGGGAGCCAUCACCAACGCUGUUAUUGCUUUCGAUAGAUACAAGACCAUCUCAUGCCCGCUGGACGGAAGAAUCAACAAAGUACAAGCUUCUCUACUUAUCGCAUUCACAUGGUUCUGGUCAAUGCCUUUCACCAUCCUACCAGCCAUGAAGGUUUGGGGACGAUUUGUUCCUGAGGGCUUCCUGACGACUUGUUCAUUCGACUACUUCACCGACGACAAUGAUACCAAAGUGUUUGUCGCCUGUAUCUUUGUUUGGAGUUACGCUAUCCCCAUGACCCUUAUCUGCUAUUUCUACUCUCAACUCUUUGGUGCUGUCCGACUUCACGAGAGGAUGCUACAAGAGCAGGCUAAGAAGAUGAACGUAAAAUCUUUGGCCAGCAACAAGGAAGACGCGAGCAAGAGCGUUGAGAUCAGGAUCGCGAAGGUAGCCUUCACCAUCUUCUUCAUGUUCGUCUGCGGCUGGACUCCCUACGCCUUCGUCACCAUGACCGGAGCUUAUGGAGACAGGAACCUGUUGACGCCUGUUGCUACGAUGAUUCCGGCCGUCUGCUGCAAGAUUGUAUCCUGCAUAGAUCCAUGGGUAUACGCCAUCAACCACCCAAGAUACAGGGCUGAGCUGCAGAAGCGCCUGCCCUGGCUCGGAGUCCGCGAACAGGAUCCGGAUUCCGUUUCCAACAGCAACAGCGUCACGACCACGCAGUCCAGCACGCCGCACGCCGAGGCCUGAACACAUCGCACGAUGCAAUCGAACCGCUGCUUGUACAUAACCUACAAAUAUCUAUGCUUAUCUCUAUUUAUAAUUUCAAUCUACUAAUUUCUUGUAUGCAAUAAUUUUGUACUGUAAAUUAUUCUAUUUCGAGAGGAAUAUUAAUACUUAUAGCACUGAUAGUUGAUAAGUUGUUUAAUAUUUUUCUCUCAUCUAGAUUGCAUCUGGCAAAUAAACGACCAAAGCAUGUUUGAUGGAUUCCGAUGUACCAAUAAUUAAUAUUAAAAUUAAUUGCUAUACAAUGUCAAAUGCGUUAAUGUUGAUGUUAAAAUGUACAAGAUUACAUGAAGUACGAAAAAAAAUCCAAAAAAUAAUUAACGGACUGAUCCCAACG